AUUAAGGUGACCCAAAGUCUAUCUGCGUCUGCUUCCUCUGCAAUUAGUAAUGACAAAUCACAAGAUAGUAUAUAUGAUAUAAACGAAAGCGUGGAGGGUAAUGAGAUCGUUGAUGCUGAGACAACCAACGAUGAAUCCGAAUCACCCAUUCCAGAUUCAUUCCGUCUGUUAAAAGAUGAACGCUUUCCUCUGUUAAUUACCUUUGACAAGUUCUCAAAAAUGCUUCACGGAACUUAUGAAGUUGAUGUUCAAAAACUGAUUAAGCGACAAAAAUCUGACAUUGACAAUGAAGAGGAAACCUACUUUUCAUUUAACUCCUUUGAUACGUUUAACCCACAUUUUGUGGAAUAUCGAAUCUUUACUAUAAAGUAUUCGCCUCGCUUGAGUGACUUUUAUACACAGAAAUUGGAUUGUGAGCUAGUCUACUCUGAGUUUUCCUUAUAA